AUGAAGUACCCCACGCACAUCAUCGACCCCAACGGGGACGUGACCAUAAAACUCCUGAACCCAAAUGCUCCGUUUGCUGUAUCUGAAGAAUGGGACUAUGGAGAGAACGGCGAAUUACCCUCGUGGUUCGGAUCAAGACAGUGGAAUCCGUUGAACAACGAACAAGCAGUCAACUCGCUCCUUGACCUCACCAUCGUUGAUCAGAACCACCAGGAUGAACCGUCAAAAUCCGCAGCAUCGGAGACUCAUGUUUCCCUACUCGCGGAAACCAGUCUGACGAGAGUGCCAACUCGACGACAACGUCAUCGGAAACCCGCAUUCAACGACGAAUACAGCUACCAAGUCUCCUCACGACACCUGAUACUCGCGUCUCCAUUCUUCCGCGCAGCACUGACAAAAGGGUGGAAGGAGGCCCACACCCUAGGCACACAUGGCUCUGUCACAUUCACCGUCUACGACUGGGACGAUCAGGCGCUGUUUAUUUUCCUGAAUGUUAUACACGGACAACACCGCGAUUUGCCCUGGAAAGUAGGGCUAGAGCUCUUGGCGAAGAUCACCGUCAUCGCCGACUAUUAUCAGUGUAUAGAUGCCAUUCAGUUCAUGGCGCUGUCAUGGUAUGCCUUUUUGAAACCGACGUGCUCCGAUCUUGUACGGCCGAGAGAUAUUGUCCUGUGGUUGUGGGUUUCGUGGGUGUUGCGCCUUCCAGAGCAGUUUCGGAAGGUUGGCGCAAUGGCUAUGGAGCAGUUGGACGAGCGGAUGGAUUCGUUGGGACUGCCUAUUCCAAGGAGAAUUCUAGGUGAGUUUUACGGAUUUGGGUCAUUUGCAAUAGCUGAUGGAGUUAGACGCUGUCAAUCAUCAAGAAGGGUUCCCUAG